ACAGGGCGGGUUUGUGUGUGAAGGGGGCGGGGUAGCUGCGUACGUGUAGCCGCUUUGCUCCUGCAGUCGCUCGGACCACUCUGCGGAUCACACGGGCAGCUCUCUGGGUGUCAAAAAUGGUGAAAAUAACGACUGUCAAGACCAAACCCUACACGGACCAGAAGCCCGGGACGAGCGGGCUGAGGAAACGGGUGACGGUGUUCCAGCAGAACCAGCACUAUGCGGAAAACUUCAUCCAGAGCAUUAUCUCCGUCAUCGACCCAGCCGAGCGACAGACUGCCACUCUGGUGGUGGGAGGAGAUGGGAGGUUUUUCAUGAAGGACGCGAUUCAGCUCAUCGUUCAGAUUGCAGCAGCCAACGGGAUUAAUCACCUUGUAAUUGGUCAGAAUGGCAUAAUGUCCACCCCAGCAGUCUCCUGUGUGAUCCGCAAGAUAAAGGCCGUGGGCGGCAUCAUCCUCACAGCCAGCCACAACCCAGGAGGCCCCAGUGGAGACUUUGGCAUCAAGUACAACAUUUCCAGUGGAGGACCUGCUCCCGAAGGCAUCACAAAUAAAAUCUUUGAGAUUAGCAAAGGCCUUCAGGAGUAUCAGAUCUGCCCUGAACUGAAAGUGGAUCUGGCUACAAUUGGGAAGCAGACCUUUGAAGUAGACACUUUUAAGCCCUUUACAGUGGAGAUUGUUGACUCCGUUGAAGCCUACGCUGAGAUGUUAAGGGGCAUCUUUGACUUUGCUGCACUGAAGGAUCUUCUUUCUGGCUCUAACCACAUUAAUGUGAGACUGGAUGCGAUGCACGGAGUGGUGGGUCCUUAUAUUAAGAAGAUCGUCUGUGAAGAGCUGGGUUCUCCUGCCAACUCUGCGGUCAACUGCGUCCCCCAGGAGGACUUCGGUGGUCAUCACCCUGACCCCAACUUGACCUACGCUGCUGACCUGGUCAACACCAUGAAAAGUGGAGAGUAUGAUUUUGGAGCCGCCUUUGAUGGAGAUGGUGAUCGAAACAUGGUGCUGGGCAAACAUGGCUUCUUUGUGAACCCUUCCGAUUCUGUGGCUGUGAUUGGUGCCAACAUCACCUGCAUCCCGUACUUCAAAAAGACCGGCGUCAAAGGCCUGGCCCGCAGCAUGCCCACCAGUGGAGCUUUGGACAAUGUGGCCAAAGCCCUGAAGAUGCAGCUGUAUGAGACUCCAACAGGCUGGAAGUUCUUUGGGAACUUGAUGGAUGCUGGUAAACUCUCACUGUGUGGAGAGGAGAGCUUUGGCACUGGGUCGGAUCAUAUCCGUGAGAAGGACGGCCUAUGGGCCGUGCUAGCAUGGUUGUCCAUCUUGGCCAGCAGGAAGCAGAGUGUGGAAGAGAUCAUGAAGGAUCACUGGCAAAAGUUUGGCAGGAACUUUUUCACAAGGUACGACUACGAGGAGGUCGACUCAGAUGCCGCAAACAAGAUGAUGAAGGAUCUGGAGACGCAGAUGUCCGACACGUCGUUUGUUGGGAAGCAGUUCUCAUCGGGCGACAAGACGUACGCGGUGGCCGUUGCUGACAACUUUGCCUACACCGACCCCGUGGAUGGAAGCGUGUCCAAAAACCAGGGCCUCCGGAUCAUCUUCGCCGACGGUUCCAGGAUCAUUUUCCGUCUCAGCGGCACAGGCAGCGCGGGAGCAACCGUCCGGCUCUACAUAGACAGCUACGAGAACGACGGCCAGAAAAUCCUCCAGGAUCCACAGGUGAUGCUGGCCCCUCUGGUGGACAUCGCCCUGAAGGUCUCCCAGCUCCAGGAACGGACCGGACGCUCCGGCCCCACUGUGAUCACAUGAUUCAGCAACACAAUACCUCCUCCCCUUUUGUGGGGUUGAGCUGCCCCUGAAUGCUGUCACAGCCUUCCUAAAGCUAGAGAUAGACUAAAAAAAAGGAAACACAGGAUGAAAAGGAGAAAAUA